AGCUGCUCAGACACAACCUGUGAGUCACUGAACUAGCCGGACUGCUGUAAAACUCUCAAUCAUUCAGGAAUAGUCCCUAACAAGAUCGGCUGUUACACUUUCCUGCAGAGUCAGGCAUCAGAAGGGGAUGUCUCUUCUUCUUCCCCUCCUAUUUCUGUGGGGCCUGACUGCACCAGUGGAGUCUAAUCUAAACCCACAGAAACUCCAAUAUAUCUGGACAUACAUCAGCAACACGUAUCCAAAGAUGAUGAAUAAAGCGGAUGCCAUGUAUGCUGUGGCCUUCUCCAUCCCUAAUGUUGACUGUAACGGAGACAUUGACCUGCAGAAGAUUCUCACCGGAAAUGACAAUAACAAAAAGGACAAGCUGGAGAAAGACAUCAAGAACAAGCUGGGAAGUGAAGACAGGAUGUACGUUGGGGAUAGGCUGAUGAUCGCACGGCCGAACACAGAGCACGCAGAACACCGCCUGCUGACUCAGCUCAAGAAUCUGAACUGGCCCGUUGACUCCUGUGUUGUCUUCUUUGUCAAGGAUUCCCCCUGUACGGAGAAGUGCUUGAACAACGAGAACAAGUACAAGAUCCUGAAGCUGCUGGAGACCUUCGAAACGUGGGACAAAGACAAAAAAGCUUUCCUCUUCCAGAACAUCUACUACAGAGACCUGGGCAAUCCUGAACAACAACAACAAAUCAAAGAAUAUCGAGAUCAGGGCUUCAGUGAAACUGUAAUCAAACAAAUGCUGGGUGUCAGUGACAUUCCACCUCCCCCGCAAAUGCGAAGCCAAAUGCUCAGUGCCUUCGAUGGGAUAGAGAAGUAUGUGCCAUUGUAUCGCUGCAACGGAUUCACUGACAAAGGCUGCAUCCACUGUGUGGAUGACAAGAUAACUCUGAAUAAUAAUGAGUGCUUGCGUGAGAUGGAGAAAGAGACAGAGAGUGAUGCAUCAUUUCACCAGAGCAGCAGUUCCCAAGCAGGGAGUAAAAGAAGUCACGGCCAAAGCAGCAGAAAUAACCCAAAUGAAACAAUCAGGAAAAUUUUAAAAAAGGGUGUUUGAUGCUGAAUGGGCAAAACAUUGGCCAUUGGAGGAGUUUCUCCCUCCCUCCCUCCCCCACCCCCCUACACUAAUGUGUUUUAAAGGGGGCACUGAUGACCUGCUCCCAUUUACAACAGCGGUAAACACAUCCAGACACAUUUGUUACUCGUCUGCUGAUAGGGUAGCAGAUCCUGUUUGAUCAUUGUUUACGGUUAAAUUUAAGGAGAGGGUUGGGCUUAAGUCUGACCCUUAACCCUUAAUCCUUCACCUUGUACCCUAAACAAUGAAUAAACUGUCUUCUACCCUAUGAACAGAUCAGUAUCCAAUGUGUACUUGUGUUGUUAUUAGCUCCCCCUUUAAAAUAACACAGGACCUUUUACCCCUGUGCACCUGCAGUCAACACUCUCCAAACUGCCAAUGUAAA